AUGGCUCAGGAUGUCACUUAUUUAUGUCCAUAUAAUGGCCAAGUCAAAGGCUCUUUGUCAGUCACCAAUUACAGGCUGUAUUUCAAGAAUGCGGAACGGGAUUCGUUGUUUAUUCUGGAUGUGCCACUUGGAGUCAUUGCUCGUGUUGAGAAGAUUGGAGGUGCUACAAGCAGAGGUGAAAAUUCUUAUAGAAUAGACAUUUUGUGUAAAGACAUGCGGAACUUAAGAUUUGCCCAUAAACAAGAAAACCACUCUCGCAGACAAGUUUUUGAAAAGAUCCAACUGUAUUCUUUCCCAAUUACCAACAAGCAGCCUUUGUUUGCUUAUAGUUUGAAAGAAGAAUAUGAAGAAAAUGGAUGGCGUGUUUAUGAUCCUGUAGCUGAUUACAAACGACAAGGCAUACCAAACACCUGGCGCAUUAGCAGAGUCAAUGAAAAUUAUGAGCUGUGUGACACAUAUCCCAGCCUUUUAGUGGUUCCCAAAAAUGCCUCAGAUGAAUAUUUGCGGCAUGUUGCUGGCUUCCGGAGCAGAGGACGACUGCCUGUGAUGUCAUGGAUCCAUCCCGAGUCGCAGGCUACAAUCACCCGCUCUAGCCAACCCAUGGUGGGGGUAGCUGGCAGACGCAACAGGGAAGAUGAAGGAUACAUUCAAAUGAUUAUGGAUGCUAAUGCCCAAACAACAAAGCUUUUUAUCAUGGAUGCACGCCCCAGUGUUAAUGCUGUUGCCAACAAAGCCAAAGGAGGUGGUUAUGAAAACGAAGAUGCUUAUACAAAUGCUGAACUCAUAUUCUUGGACAUUCACAACAUUCAUGUAAUGAGAGAAAGUUUGAGAAAAUUAAAGGAAGUGUGUUUUCCUAAUAUCAAUGAGACCCAUUGGCUGUCCAAUAUUGAAGCUACACACUGGCUUGAGCACAUCAAGCAAAUUCUGGCUGGUGCCGUUCGCAUUGCUGACAAAGUAGAGUAUUACAAGACAUCUGUUUUGGUCCACUGCAGUGAUGGUUGGGACAGAACAGCUCAGCUUACGUCUCUGGCUAUGAUUAUGCUUGACCCUUACUAUCGAACUCUCAAAGGAUUUGAAGUUCUGAUAGAGAAGGAAUGGCUGAGUUUUGGACACAAAUUUGCACAGAGAAUUGGACAUGGGGAAGACAAACAUUCUGAUGCUGACCGCUCACCUGUUUUCCUACAAUUCAUUGACUGUGUAUGGCAAAUGACCAAUCAGUUCCCAAUUGCCUUUGAGUUCAAUGAACAUUUCCUGAUAACAAUUAUGGACCAUUUAUACUCUUGUUUAUUUGGAACAUUUCUUUAUAAUACUGAACAGCAGCGUGCAAAGGAGGACGUGAAACACAAAACCGUUUCUUUAUGGAGUUUUAUUAAUAGUAAUAUUGAAGACUUUUUAAACCCACUCUAUGCUACAUAUUUGGACCAACAUGUGCUUCUACCUGUGGCCAGUAUGCGCCAAAUUGAACUUUGGAUGGGGUACUACUGCAGAUGGAACCCAAGACUUAGACCUCAGGAACCAAUCCAUCUUCGGAAUAAGGAACUUUUGUUCUUGAAGUCCCAGCUGCAGAAAAAGUACGAAGAAUUAAAGAAAGAACGGGACAGCAGGAAUGCCCGUGGUACUAGCAGCAGUAGUAGUAGCCAGGCAGUCGCAGCAUCCACUUCGAUGUCAUCCAAUUGUGCACAGAGAGUUGCCUCCCCUGUAAGCACCUGA